AUGUUAUUUCACAGUUUUGGGAAGAAGAUUUUGGCUUUUCCUAUUUUAGAGAAAAGUUUCGGGAAUGUUUGGUUAUUUUAUUUGCUUUUGGCAUAUAUCGACUGUCAUUCUUUUUCGUUAAAGGCUUAUGCUACAUCAGAGAUGGACGUCGCAGAUGAACCGAUGUUAGCUGAUAAUCCAAAUCGUUUCGUCAUCUUUCCUAUCAAGUACCCUGAUAUUUGGGAAUUUUAUAAGAAGGCAGUUGCCUCAUUUUGGACUCCAGAGGAAGUUGAUUUGAGUCGUGACUAUCGUGAUUGGGAAAAUUUGAAUCAUGGUGAACGUCAUUUUAUUUCGCGUGUUUUGGCUUUUUUCGCUGCAUCUGAUGGAAUCGUCAAUGAAAAUCUCGUAAACCGCUUCUCUCAAGAGGUUCAGGUGCCGGAGGCUCGUUUUUUUUAUGGUUUUCAAAUUAUGAUAGAAAAUGUUCACUCUGAAAUGUAUUCGAAAAUGAUCGAGACAUAUAUUCGUGAUGAAAAAGAACGAAUGACGCUUUUUAAUGCAAUUCAUGAAUUUGAAUUCAUCAAAAAGAAAGCUGACUGGGCUUUGUGUUGGAUUGCCGAUGAAAAGGCUUCUUACGCUGAGCGCUUAAUAGCAUUUGCAGCUGUUGAAGGAAUCUUUUUCUCCGGAAGUUUCGCAGCUAUUUUCUGGUUAAAAAAACGUGGUCUAAUGCCAGGCUUGACACAGAGUAAUGAGCUAAUAUCAAGAGAUGAGGGUUUGCAUAGAGAUUUCGCAUGUUUAAUGUACAGCCAUUUGAGAGGGAAACCAAGCGUAGAGCGAAUCUAUCAGAUUAUCAAAGAAGCUGUUUUAAUAGAGCAGGAAUACCUUACUGAAGCACUUCCCGUCGAUUUGAUUGGCAUGAACUGUAAGUUAAUGAGACAAUAUAUAGAAUACGUUGCUGAUCAUCUACUUACAGAGUUAAAUUGCCCAAAACUAUAUGGUGCGAAGAAUCCAUUCGAUUUUAUGGAUCGCAUAUCAAUCGAAGCAAAAACGAAUUUCUUCGAAAAGCGUGUGAAUGACUAUCAGAAAGCUGGAGUGAUGGCAAAUCCAAAUGAGAAUAUUUUCAGUAUUGAGGCUGAUUUUUAA